AGCCUCGGAUUGGUUGACUCUGUGAAGCACUGUGCGGCUGCGCUGAGACCGACUUUAGAGGAGGCGGAGCUUCAUUUGCUAGAAGGAAAAGCAGUGAGAUCGGCUAGUGGCGACAGCAGAAACUGGGCCUUAGCCCGGCCGGGCCGGUGGGCUUUAGAUUCCUGUUUGACAAAAGUCACCUCAGGAAGGAGGGAAGAUGGCUUCUGAAUCCGAAACCCUGAAUCCCAGCGCCCGGAUAAUGACCUUUUAUCCAACAAUGGAGGAGUUUCGGAACUUCAGUCGGUACAUUGCCUUUAUUGAAUCCCAAGGAGCUCACCGGGCUGGGCUGGCCAAGGUUGUUCCUCCAAAGGAGUGGAAGCCUCGAGCGUCCUAUGAUGACAUCGACGAUCUGGUCAUUCCCGCUCCCAUCCAGCAGCUGGUGACUGGGCAGUCUGGCCUGUUUACUCAGUACAACAUACAGAAGAAAGCCAUGACUGUUCGAGAGUUCCGCAAAAUAGCCAAUAGUGAUAAAUACUGUACCCCACGCUACAGUGAGUUUGAAGAGCUUGAACGGAAAUACUGGAAAAAUCUUACUUUCAAUCCUCCGAUCUAUGGUGCAGAUGUGAAUGGCACUCUCUAUGAAAAGCAUGUUGACGAGUGGAACAUCGGCCGGCUGAGAACAAUCCUGGACUUGGUGGAAAAGGAGAGUGGGAUCACCAUCGAAGGUGUGAACACCCCGUACCUGUACUUUGGCAUGUGGAAGACGUCCUUUGCCUGGCACACUGAGGACAUGGACCUGUACAGCAUCAACUACCUGCACUUCGGAGAACCAAAGUCCUGGUACUCGGUUCCGCCGGAGCACGGGAAGCGGUUGGAGCGCCUUGCCAAAGGCUUUUUCCCAGGAAGCGCUCAAAGCUGUGAAGCUUUUCUCCGCCAUAAGAUGACCUUGAUUUCCCCCUUAAUGCUGAAGAAGUAUGGAAUUCCCUUUGACAAGGUGACUCAGGAAGCUGGAGAGUUCAUGAUCACUUUCCCUUACGGCUACCAUGCUGGCUUCAACCACGGCUUCAACUGUGCGGAGUCCACCAACUUCGCCACCCGCCGGUGGAUCGAGUAUGGCAAACAGGCAGUGCUGUGCUCCUGUCGGAAGGACAUGGUGAAGAUCUCCAUGGACGUGUUCGUGAGGAAGUUCCAGCCAGAAAGGUACAAACUCUGGAAAGCUGGGAAGGACAGCACAGUUAUCGACCACACCCUGCCCACGCCAGAAGCCGCCGAGUUUCUUAAGGAGAGUGAACUGCCCCCAAGAGCAACGAGUGAGGAGGAGUGCCCGGAGGACAUGGAAGGGGUUGAGGACGGAGAGGAGGGCGACCUGAAGAGAAGCCUAGCCAAGCACCGAAUAGGGACAAAGAGGCACCGAGUUUGCCUUGAAAUACCACAGGAGGUCAGUCAGAGUGAGCUCUUCCCCAAGGAGGAGCUCAGCCCCGGACAGUACGACCUGACGGAGUGCCAGGCUGCCCUUGCUCCUGUGCGGCCCACCCACAGCUCGGUGCGGCAAGUCGAGGAUGGUCUCGCCUUCCCAGAUUAUCCUGACUCCACUGAAGUCAAAUUUGAAGAGCUUAAAAACGUCAAACUGGAAGAGGAGGAUGAAGAGGAGGAGGAGGAGGAGGAUGAAGAGGAACAAGAAUCAGCUGCCUUGGAUCUUUCUGUGAAUCCCACCUCUCUAGGGGGGGGACGCCUUGUCUUCUCAGAUUCUAAAAAGAAAUCAUCCUCUAGCCUGGGCUCCAGUUCAUCCCAGGAUUCUGUUUCUUCGGAUUCGGAAACCAGCGAGCCUCUGUCCUGCCAGACCCAAGGGCAGACAGGAGUUUUCACUGUGCACAGCUAUGCCAGAGGGGACGGCAGGGUCGCUGGGGGAGAGCCAUGCACGCGGAAGAAAGGGAGCGCCGCCAGAAGCAUCAGCGAGCGGGAGCUGGCGGAGGUUGCGGAUGAAUACAUGUUUUCCCUGGAGGAGAAUAAGAAGGCCAAGGGCCGGCGCCAGCCCUUAAGCAAGCUCCCCCGCCACCACCCGCUUGUGUUGCAGGAUUGCGUCAGCGAUGAUGAGGCAUCUGAACAGCUGACCCCUGAGGAGGAGGCAGAGGAGACAGAGGCCUGGGCCAAGCCCCUGAGCCAGCUGUGGCAGAACCGACCCCCGAACUUUGAGGCAGAAAAGGAAUUCAAUGAGACCAUGGCCCAGCAGGCACCUCACUGCUCUGUCUGCAUGAUCUUUCAGACUUACCAUCAGGUUGAGUUUGGAGGCCUGAGUCAGAGCUGUGGAAGUGCUGCAGGUUUAGCCUCCCAGAAGCAGAGGACCAAGCCAUUAAUUCCAGAGAUGUGCUUCACCUCGACGGGCUGCAGUACGGACAUCAACCUGUGCACCCCGUACCUGGAAGAGGAUGGCACCAGCCUUCUGGUCUCCUGCAAGAAGUGCAGUGUCCGGGUCCACGCCAGUUGCUAUGGGGUGCCCCCUGCAAAGGCUUCUGAAGACUGGAUGUGUUCUCGUUGUUCAGCCAACGCCCUGGAGGAGGACUGCUGUUUAUGCUCAUUACGAGGAGGAGCCCUGCAGAGAGCAAAUGACGACAGAUGGGUCCACGUGUCAUGUGCUGUGGCAAUUCUGGAAGCGAGGUUUGUCAACAUUGCAGAAAGAAGUCCAGUGGAUGUGAGCAAAAUUCCUCUGCCCCGCUUCAAGCUGAAGUGUGUCUUCUGUAAGAAGCGGAGGAAAAGAGCUGCUGGUUGCUGCGUGCAGUGUUCCCAUGGCCGUUGCCCGACCGCCUUCCACGUGAGCUGUGCCCAGGCCGCAGGAGUGAUGAUGCAGCCAGAUGACUGGCCUUUCGUCGUCUUCAUUACCUGCUUUCGGCACAGGAUUCCUAACUUGGAGCGUGCCAAGGGAGCCCUGCAGAGCAUCACUGCGGGCCAGAAGGUUAUCAGCAAGCACAAGAACGGGCGCUUCUACCAGUGCGAGGUGGUCAGGCUCACCACUGAGACCUUCUAUGAAGUCAAUUUUGAUGAUGGCUCCUUCAGCGACAAUCUCUAUCCUGAGGACAUAGUGAGUCAGGACUGUCUUCAGUUGGGUCCACCUGCUGAAGGGGAAGUAGUUCAAGUGCGAUGGACAGACGGCCAAGUCUAUGGAGCCAAGUUUGUGGCCUCCCAUCCCAUCCAGAUGUACCAGGUGGAGUUUGAGGACGGCUCACAGCUGGUGGUUAAGAGAGAUGACGUGUACACGCUGGACGAAGAGCUUCCCAAGAGAGUGAAGUCUCGACUGUCAGUAGCUUCAGACAUGCGCUUCAAUGAGAUUUUCACAGAGAAGGAGGUCAAACAGGAAAAGAAACGGCAGCGAGUUAUCAACUCCAGAUACCGGGAAGAUUACAUUGAGCCCGCUCUGUACCGGGCCAUCAUGGAGUAGGUGCUUCCAGGAGCCGCGAGAUCCCAUGCCAUUGAGGCAGGAGCUCUGUGGAGGCUCCACGGCACAGCAGACACGUGGAACUCUGAAGUCUCUAAAGUGAAGUUGUAAAAUGCAAAGGAAUGAAAUAACUGACCUAUCAUCUUCUCACCCCACCCUCGUCGCAUCUCCUCUAAUGAAAGGACAAGCCGUUCUCGGACACCUGGCAGCAGCUGCCGAGCUGCCGGCUGAGAGCCCAGCACUGGAGUGCCAUGGCUGCACUGUCUCCAGUGGGUGCGCUCUGCUGGCUGGACUGUUGCCCUGUCCCUGGCCUAGGACUUAAGCUUCCUCACGAGCACCUGCACCGCCUAGGAAGAGGUGCUGGUGCUUGCCCCCUCUCCCCGUUUUGUAUUUAUGUGUGUGUGCGCGCGUGUGUGGGUGGGUGGUCUGGACCAGCUUUUGCCAGCCCCUAGCCUUUACUUUCUUCCUUGCCUAUCCAGGGCAAACAAAAUGUGAAAUUCUGCCCUCAGCUGAGCUGAGUAAAGGGCCCCUGGGGCUGGCUGGAGAUGGGUGUGGCAUCUGUCCCUUGAACUGCCGAAAGGAAGCUCUGGCCAAGCUGCAGUAUUGACACGCAGAGGAGUUAGUGCCACCUCUUGGCCCUCUCUUGAAGAAGAUAGGAGUGACAUGGGCACAUGCCCACAUCCCUCUAAGCACAGAGCUCCCCGUGGCACAGUAUUAGAGCGUGUGGGUGGGGAGGCUCGCCAAGGGGGAUCUUAAUGAUGGAAGCAGGCAGAGCCUGGUGGGUGAUUCUGUCGGCAGAAAAUUGCAAUCACGCAGGGGCUGGGAGGGAUAAGAUGAACUGGGGCCAUUGGUGGCCGGGGGCAGGUUUGCCCCGGGUCUGGGGAUGGGAGGGAGAGAAUUUGGGAAGGGGGUGGGACUGGAGGGCAACACUGAAGGGGUUAAACAGGCUUUUGCUCCUCAUGAAUUUGUUUGCCUGGGCCCAGGAUUGGAGGGCUUCACACUUGUACCCUAUGUAUACAAGAAUCAGAUUUAUAAUACUUCCCUGUUUUUUGUUACGUAUGAACGCUAUAAACCAAAUUAUUUUGAAAA